AAACUUUACUCGCCGACGCCCACCACAUACACCCGGAAAAUCCGCUCAAUCCUUCAAAACCACAAUGGAGAACGACCAAGGUGUCCUUGUCGACCUUUAUGUCCCCCGCAAGUGCGCGGCAACCAACCGACUCAUCACCUCGAAGGACCAUGCUUCCGUCCAACUGAGCGUUGUCGACGUUGAUGCCAACGGCCGGGCACUCCCCACGUCUACUUCCUUCGCUCUCUCUGGUGCGGUGCGGGCUAUGGGCGAGAGUGACGACUCGUUGAACCGGUUGGCGACUAAGGCCGGACUCCUCCGGAACGUCUGGUCUUACCAAAAAUGAUUUUGUACAUACACACUUUGGCACGACCUUUCAUUCCUAUUCCUCUACAUCUCUGGCCCAGCGUGUAUUUGUGAUUUCCUUCGUCAUCUGCAGCAUUAGCAUUCUCUGAUC